AACUGGCUUAAUUAUUAUUUCUCUAUCUUUGUGUGGGAGAAAGUAAAGGUUUAUUUUCCGUUUUUUAAACUUGCAAAUGCGCAACAUAUGUUCCGUCCAAAUUAAUGAAGUGUCGAGUUGAGACCAGAUCUCUUGAACUAUUUUCCUGUUUUUCACAAGGAUUGUAUAUACAGUAUUUAUAUCUUUUUUCUGAACGAGUACUAGAUCAUGCCUGGAAAGAAGAAUAGAGGGAAGCAGAGGGAAGUUAAUAAGGGAAGCGGGGCAUCCCCCCAGAUCGAUCACCCUUGCCCCUGAUAUUGAUCAUCUAUGGCAAGAAAGUUCAUAAAAAUGAACCUUCGCCGUAAAAAUGCUGGUGAAACGUGAAAAGUGCAUCGUACAGAAUGAAGGAGCUAAAUAUAUAAGUAUUUUCUAUUAAAAAGAUUUGCAAGACUGCAAGAAAUCAAAAGUUCCGUUGAACGCUAUGUAGGCGGCUUUUAGGGAAUGAUGACGAAAACGCACCUCGGUUCAAAGCCAAAUAAUAAAUAACGGUUACCAAGGUUUAAGAAUGGAGACCACAGCUUUAUUUUGAUAAAUUACAUUAUUUUUAAGUGGCUUAGUUGACGGGAAAACUGAUGGGGAUGGGGAUAAAAUGGGGGGGAAAAAACGAUUUUUCGGUUAUUUUUAAUAAUUUUCUCGUAAACGACAAAACUACGAGAUUGCGAUUUUCAAUCGUCUUGGCGCAAAAUUAUUAAAUAGAAUUAGUUUUAUUUUCAACCCCCGUUAAUCAUAAAUGCACUGUAUAUAAUUUUAAUUGCAGCUCUUGAGAUUGCACCGCGAAUAAUUAUGGAAGAAUUAUGGAUUGAAAUAGAAACAUUUUCGUUACCAAACUAUUGCGAAUCAAAAGAUUCAAUUUCAAAUGCCAACGUCAAAAAAUAGAUUGAAGUUGAAACACACUUUCUCUCUUUUACUGAUUUCCUAAUAGCUCGAUUGCCAUUAGCAACGAACAUCUAUCGACCAAUCAGUCCAUUAUUUUUUCAAAGCACUUCCUCAUUUUAGAAUCAGAAUCUCAACGCUUCUCAGACUUAAACAUGAAGACAAAUGAAAUACUUUCAAUUGCACUCAAAAUUGUGUUUGAUCGAACUGUCGACCAACUUAUUUUCCAUGAAAUGAUCCAAGAUGGCAAUUCUAAUUCCGAGUUCUCUAAAUGGAGGUUCUCUAUUGAAAGUAAUUUAAAGUCGGUUCUUAACGAAGCCCCGGGAAAAAAAAUACCGUUGCUCUCCGUUCAUAUUGCGGAAAUGAAAGAACAAGAAGAAAUGGUGAUGUCGGAAAAGCUACAUCUAGAAGACGUUCUAGGGCAAAUUGAAUGUGAUGAACAAGAUUUAGUCAAUCAUAAUAUGCAGCUACACAAAACGAGUGAAAGUUUGAAUCGACAAAUUUGUGAACUCAAGGACGAGCUUGAUAGAAGAACAGAAUCUGCCUCUCGAAGCUUCGAACAUUGCCAGAAUCACGAAGUGGCUAAUGUAAAUAAAUUUUUACAAAAAUUUAAUCAAGACCUAGAAGAAUGGAGUGGGAAAAUCGCUACUUUGGAAAACGAGAUACAAUUGGAGACCCAGCGAAAUGUCGACGAAAAAAUUAAACUUUGUACUGAAAUUGACAUGCUUACGGAGGCCCUUUUGGUUUUGCGUGCCAAUUGGGAAGAAUCUUCUUUUAAGCUUACCCAAGAAGGCAAUGAAGCAACAGAAAUACGCGAAUCUUCCAGACGACAAAUAAGUCUGAUUUCCAGCGAGCUCAACAAAAGAAAACUAGUGGUAAAUGAAUACCAAAAAGUCAAACAAUUAGCCGAACAGGAGAACCUAGCAUUGAUCAAAAUCACAUUGGUUGUGAUACGAAUCCAAUCAUGGUGGAGAGGCGUUAUCGCUCGGAGAGACUACGCUAGAUUCAAACUUGCCUCCAAAAAGAAGCCCAGAGCAAAAGCGCCAAAUGUGACAUCAGUAAGAACAGGCCGUCAGAAAUAAUCCAACUGAAAGUGGAUUUGUGUUCGGCACUGGUGGUCGGUAACAGCUGUUCCUUCGUUGAGUUUUGCUUCUAAAACAAAAUACUACUGUGGAGAAUCGGAUUGGACAAACAAUAUAAUGUUCAUGCUCCUGUAUAUUGAAACACACAAAAAUGUUUGAAAUGUAAAUUAAACAUCGAUUGUUAUUUUC